AUGGAACGUAGAUACUUGAUUCCAACUCAGCAGAUAACCGCUGAGCUGGCUGAGAGAAUAAAAAGGCGAGUUGAUAAUGUCGUUUUAAAUGCUAGAUUCAAAUGGAUGCUGGAAUUAUUUAUGAAGAAUCGCAAAAUGUUGCCCGAGGAAAUUGUGAUUACUCGUGAUGGGGUUUCAGAGGGGCAAUACAGAAUGGUGGGUUAUGAAAGCAUCACAGUGAUUGAAGACGAAUUGGACGCUAUAAAGGAAGCAUGUGAAGAAUUUGGUAACUUGCAUAAUCAAGAAUCAUGGAAACCUCGUUUCACUUUAGUGAUAACGACGAAAAGACACCAUGCGCGUUUUUUCAAAGAGGACCAAAAAGGCAUAUUUUUCUCCUCUUCUUCUUUAAUAUGGACUUAUCUGCUCGUUAAUUUCUUCACUCUAGGUAUCGCUAAUCCUCUUCCUGGAACAGUAAUUGACACCGAUGUUGUGCGAAAUGAUCUGACCGAAUUUUAUAUGCUGAAUCAUCGACCUAUUCAAGGAACUGCAAAAGCUCCUUCUUAUCAAGUGAUAGUGGACGAAAUUGACAUGGGGAACGAUGAGGUGCAGGCGCUAAUGUCGGCUUUAGCCUUCCACCAUCAGAUAGUAAACGCACCUGUAUCGAUUCCGGAGCCAAUUUAUCAAGCUGACGAGUGGGCAAAACGGGGAAAGGACAUAUGGAAAGCUUACACGUGA